CAACGCUUUGAACAUUUAAACAUGCUCUCUCUACCACGUACCAUCUCGCGCACAGUCCGCCCCCAACUCAGGGCUUUUUCGGCAUGUCGUGUCGCGCGUCAGGACCCCUGGCCGCUCCCGCAUACACCCCAGCAUAUCGCUGCAACGGCCACUAAAGAACCUGACCCGGACACCAUAGACCUAGUGCCGUUCCCGCCGCUGAUGCGUGAUGGAGAGGGGACAGAGAAGAUGCGCGCACGCUUGGUGUAUCAGAGCCGGAAGCGGGGGACGCUCGAGAGCGAUUUGCUGCUGAGCACGUUCGCGAGGGAUUAUUUGAAAGAGAUGUCGGCUGAGGACAUGCGGGAGUAUGACAAGCUGCUCGACGAGCCUGAUUGGGACAUAUAUUACUGGGCUACGUACGGGAGGGAGCCUCCGGCUAAGUGGGCAGACUCCCGGAUACUCGCGAAGCUACGAGAGCACGCAAAAAACGAAGGCAAGGAGACACGGAGUAUGCCUUCACUCUGACAUUUCUGGUUUUGAUAUUAGACAGCGAAUAGAGUCACCUACACGCGAAAGGAUUUACACCCCUAUUCGAUGUUCUCUUGGCAGUAUGUGGAAUAUAUGGAAAGAGGACAACGCUGUCGUUACGCG